GCGUAUACACACCAAUCAGCUGAUUAGAAAUGUCGCUGUACCGUGACGGUCAGAAUGUCAUACACGUGUCGUUUGUUAUCGUCGAAUAUAUGAUAAUAAAUCGAUGAUUUCGUGAUAUUCGAAUCGAGAUUGUCAUUGGUAGAGGCGAUGCUCGAGAAUCUACUCGAAGAUAUAAGGUUUAUUUAUGGAUGAACUCUCUGGCGUCGCUUGUGUAGACGCAAUAUUUUUCUUAGAUCGUCACCAGUCGGGCGCAUGUGACUUUCGAUCGUUCUCGCACGAAGGAAAAUAAACAGAGAGGCCUUGGGAUGUAAAUAUACAACGCUCCGAUAUCAGUUUUGGAGCAAUUUUUGUCGACGAGCUGCGAGUUGUUUUGUUAUGAAGAGAACGAGAGCUUCGACGAGGAUCAAGAAAUUGAACGAGCAGAAUGAAAGCGAAUCUCCAGCUGCUUUGGAGAAGGAGAAUGAAGAAAAAAAUGUGCAGAAAAACGAAAAGGCUCCGAAAAAAGUUGUGAAAAAAAUCGCAGCUAAAACCGUUGAGGAUUUGGAAUCGAUAAAAGAUGAACUUCAACAAUUGAACGAUCCUCCGUCCACGCCAUGGGAGAAAGAAAUAAGUUCGUUGAGGCUCCCAUUUUCAUUUUAUGAUUCACCUUGUGAAACUUUAGCCAAGAAUAUGCUUGGAAAGAUUCUUGUGCGUAAACUGGACGAUGGAACUAUAUUAAAAGGGAGAAUCGUGGAAACUGAAAGUUACCUAGGAAUAGUUGAUAAAGCUUCUGCAACGUAUCAGGGAAAAGUUACUCUACGUAAUAUUCCAAUGUACAUGGAUCCAGGAACAAUAUUUGUCUACCUCACCUACGGAAUGUAUCACUGCUUUAAUAUAUCUAGUGGAGGUGAAGGAAGUUCAGUAUUCUUAAGAGCCGUUGAGCCUUUGGAAGGUAUAGACAAGAUGAAAGAGAACAGAAACUUUAAGUCAAGCUCCAAAGCACCAAAGAAAGCUUGCAAAGAUUUCAAAGUUCAUGACUUGUGUAAUGGACCCUCAAAGUUGUGUAUGGCCUUAGACAUAAAAAAAGGACAUACCAAGUAUUCAAUGUGUUCCUGGAAAGGCAUGUGGAUUGAAGAGGAUCCAAAAAAAGAAGAGAUCAAGAUUGUUAAUUGCUCCAGAAUUGGAAUAGAUAGCGCAGGCGUUGAAUGGGCGAGCAAACCGUUGCGAUUUUAUAUUCUGGGCAAUGAAUCCGUGAGCAAGCGGGACAAGAAGGCCGAAUCGAGUUUUUUAUGACUCACCCGAAAAUCCGUUGAAUAAUAUUAAUGCGCAGAUUUUUUUACUUUUCUAAAUAAAAUAAAGAAUUAUUAAAAACAAUAA